AGGUUCACGGUUCAUUUCUUUUCUAUGUUGUCUUACCGGUCUGUGCAUGGUGCACACCGUAAUCUUACACGUCCAUGUCGCUCAACCAUCGUAAAGAGAGGCCCAUCACAGUCGAAGCGAACGUUCAUCAGUGUCCAGACGAUAUCAGAAGGAUUCCUUGACUUGGCAACUGCUGUUCCUCUGCCCCCUUCAUUGCCACCUUAUUCUACGACCAUCAUCUUAUGCACGAUUCUUUCAAGGCUUUUCUUAACAGUUCCAUUUUCGAUAUGGGCUAAAAAGCGGCAGUGGAGAGCGGAAGAAGUCGUUAUGCCCAAGGUUGAAAAACUCAAACCCAUAAUAUCCAAGAAAGUGAUGGACGAGAUGAAGCGAGCUCAAGUCAGAGCUCCUAAGGAGGAGUUACAAAUAAUGCACGCCAAACGAGUCAAACAACUAUUGACUGACCGACGUACCCAGCUACUUUCCGAGCAUCGUUGUCGUCCAUUGCCAACCAUGUUGAUACCACCAUUGACGCAACUACCACUCUUCAUGGGUUUUUCUGUUGUUCUUAAUCGCCUUUCACAGUCCCCCACUCCUUUCGACUCUGAAUCCUUCUUCACUUUAUCAACACUAGCUCAUGCGGAUCCGACAGCUACUCUGCCAAUAGCUCUUGGCUUCAUCACUCUAGCCAAUGUGGAGACUUCCCGCUGGUUUAUAACUGACCAACAACGGGAGCGUGAAAAGAAAGUGGCAAAAUGGAAAGAGGAAAGGCUUUCUCAAGGUCAUACAAUCCUCGAGCCCCAAAAAAUUAUCAAGUCUGCUCUGAGGCUUGUCUCAGUGGGGCGUAUCCUUGUGGGUACCAUGGUACCAGGCGGAGUUAUUCUUUACUGGGUAACUUCAGCUACUUUUGGACUUAUCCAGACCUGGAUUUUCGAUUACUGGGAGAUGCGGAGGAAGAAACACAUUUCACAACGUCAACCUUCACCCAAGGCCUCCAAGCAUCAAUGACAUGGCCAUGAAAAAGCUAGGUCAUAUAUAUCGAUAUUUCGAUUCGAUGGAUCGCCUGCCCAGGCUUGGUGGGGUAGGGUGUUGGCAGUACUAGGGAGGCAUCCGGCCUUUACUCGACUGCAGAUGACUUUGACGGUCUUAUAGUCUAGUGAACCAUAUCAUGGUUAUCCUUUAUACUAUAUAAACCUAUAUUUUCCC